CUUGAGCCAUCAUAGAAAAGUUUACAAAAGCACGUUAUUGAACUUACCCAUGGCUGUGCAUACGACCCAUAUUGGCGAGCAAUUUCUUUUAAAAAACGUCGAGAAAUGUAGAUAAAAGUCCCUAACACCAAUAAAGAUUGAAGAAAUCUUGAAAAGAACGAAUCAUGGAGUUGGCCAUUCCCGUGAUCCCUCGCUCGCGUAUUUGUACCCAGUCCCGUGCGAGUGAAACAACGGAUAAUGGAGCUCUGGAGAAUCCACACAAUUAGACAUUAUGGAAAUUAUGGAAAUUGAAAAAGAAUUUUAAAUAAGAAGAUUAUUUGACUUGUAUUAACAAGUGGAAACGAAAUAAUACAGAAUAAAACCAUUUUUUUUUCAAAUAUAUGAGGUUGGUAUUAUAUUUGUAAAAUCAUUACUUGUAUUAAAGUACUGUAAAUAUAAAAUAACUGUACGUCUGUACCCUCUUGGCUCUCGAUAACCUCAGACUCUUUGACUCUCUCUCUCUCUCUCUCUCUCUCUCUCUCUCUCUCUCUCUCUCUCUCUCUCUAUAUAUAUAUAUAUAUAUAUAUAUAUAUAUAUAUAUAUAUAUAUAUAUAUAUAUAUAUAUAUAUAUAUAAAAUUCAAUAAUCAAUUAUCAAUAUUUAAUAUGGUGGCAUUAUGGUGGCUACAGGUCCUGCAUGUCCUGUUACCACAGAGCACUUGCCUUCACUGUCUUCACAUUGUGGCGACCCUGAUUGAAACCAGUUGCAUUACCCCACAUUAACAUAUUUCAACCAUUUUGUUGCUGAAAAUUUCAGUGCCAAUUCACUCUUUUUCAUAUUCCAACAACAUGACUGCACUGACGUACCGUACAAUUGACCUAUGCAUGUAUUUUUGGUUGAAAAAGUAAAUCUUGUUACAACCUUACCUAUUACCUAUGGUAUUCCAGGGUGCAUUUUAAGUGAUAUACUCUGAUGAUCUUCGGCGUGAGCUUGGCAAAUUACAAUACUAUCUAUAGUUAAUAUUGGCAUAUCUUCAGCGUAGAGUUAACAUGGAUGCACCUUCGAUGAUAUUCCCUGGUUAUGGACAAAAAGUUCCUCAAAAAUUUAAAUGCAGUGGCGAAGGUAGCCAUGACAACAGGUAAUGCCAUGCUAAUUUUUAAUGAUUUGCACAUCAUUCAAAUUAUGUUUAGAAAUAUAUUAAUGUCUUUAACCUAUUCAGGUGCAGGGUUAUUAGCAUAGCAUGACCAGUUGCCAUGGCUAGCUUCACCUGACGACUUUUUUAAACGUGCUAGUUAUGAAUUUUUCUAAAUUUUUGUUUCAUUGAUUUGAGAAUUUGGAUUUUGAGCAGCCUCGUCGAAAGGAAUUUCACAUUGUUGAUCGAUCAAGGGAUAUCAUCCUUCAGAAAAUAUUUGCAGAGUAUUAUUUUGAAAAGUAUUUUUGCAUAAAUAACGGCUGUAAAAUUGACUUAAUUUUUAAAUAUUGUGUCAAUAUUUUCAAAUAUUGGAUAAAAACCUCAAUAAAAACUUGAAAUUUUUAAAAAUGAAUUCCCUCAAAAACGUCCUUGGAGGUCCUAAUUUCCUUAGUUUAAAGGAAAGUUCAAGUACACUGGUAAGUAAGUGGUUCCACCAAAUUCGGGAGUGUCUGUUUCAUAUUACUAAAUAUGGACAUGUUUUUAUAGCCCACGCACAGGAACAUCCCCACGCGUGUAGGUCCACGAGAGAACGGUGGGAAAUCAAGUGGGAAAUUCGUUCGUUUGUGUCACACCUACCUGGAGGCAAAAGCUUACAAAGUAUUUUGUAGCUUUCCAAGAUGAAUCCGAAGUGUGCUCGCUGUGAUAAGACAGUUUAUCCUGUAGAGAAACUGAAUUGUCUGGAUAAGGUAUAGAUUAUACAACGUUCUUUCCUGAGGACUGCACACGAGCAGUUUGUAAUUGUACAUAUACGAAUUGUUUGUUUGGCUGCCUUGUUAAUAAUAUUGAUGUCUUUGUACACUAGUACUGGCAUAAAAAAUGCUUCACUUGCGAAGUUUGCAACAUGAAGUUGACUAUGAAGAAUUACAAAGGCUACAACAAGAAUCCCUACUGCAAUGCGUAAGUGUCAUAAAUUGUUGAUUGAUUUGGGGGCUUCGUUUUAAUAUAUGACUCGAAUUUCAAACUACAGGAAAUGAGGCGAGAUUUUCGCAUUUCCAAGUAACUAUUAUUAACUAGAUUCGUUAAAGUUUAAUGCAAACGAUGCUGAAAGGGAAUAUUGUAUGUCAAAAUAUGCCAAAUAUUCCGAUUUUGCCGUUGUGUAUAUAGUUGGGAGUCUACACUGCUUACCAGUACAUGUUUGCCAUUUUGCCCAAGUGAAACAAUUUAAUGGAACGUUCUAGCGAUUGAAUGCAGAGAAUAUCACACAAGUUAAUUUAGUACAUGCUUUUGUGCAUGUAUAUAGACCAUAUAUAUACUUCCCAUUGAUCAUGAGAGAAUAUUAAUAGAAUGACAUAUUGAUAUUUAUAACAGAAGUAGAAAUAUCAACAAAUUUUGGCAUUUGCUUGUGAAUCCAUAAUGCAUGUACAUAUUCAUUUAAUAUUCAGCUAUGGGAAAACAUCGUAAACAUGUAAGUAUGAAUGAUCAUUGAUUAUCAGGAAUACUGAUAUUUGGAUCUAAUGUGAUGAACAUUCAGAGAUAAAGACUUUUGUUAUGUUAUUUGUAUAAAAACUGAUGUUAUAAACACACAUUAUUUCUGUUUGUGACAAGUUGCAUGUUUUAAUUAAUUUGUUUACUAGCCAAUUAGUAUGUAAUGAUUGCUUGAUCAGAUUGAAACUAUACCUUUCAAAUAUUUUGGUUUAGUUUUGAAUACUUGAAUUAGUUCUUCUCCAAAUUUUGAAACCACAGGGGGGUGGGGCUUACAGGGCUGCAAAUUACUGUCGGACAUCGGCUAAAUUUGGCAAAUGUCCGAGCAAAAGUAAUUUUGAUUGGGCAUUGGUCUCAUCACAAAAACAAUUGUCACAUUAUGUUUGCGAUGUUACUCUGAGUGCAUAUAUCCACACCGGGCGAGCUUGAAAAAUAUGCCCGGCCACGGUGGGAAUCGAACCUACGACCUUUGGAAUACUAGCCCAAUGCUCUGCCAACUGAGCUACGCGGUCAGGACGGUUCGAGUAAGUGACAUUUCGGAACAGAAUCUAGUUCCUUCGAUACCAAUGUAAUCUAGUAAUAUGAAAUCAUAUUGCUAGAUUCUGUUCCGAACCAUCCUGACCGCGUAGCUCAGUUGGCAGAGCAUUGGGCUAGUAUUCCACAGGUCGUAGGUUCGAUUCCCACCGUGGCCAGGCAUAUUUUUCAAGCUUGCGCAGUGUGGAUAUGCACUCAGAGUAACAUCGCAAACAUAUUAUUCACCUGAGUUCACAACACCAACACAGAAAAAUUCAUAUUACUAGAACACAUUGGUAUUGAAGGAACUAGAUACUGUUCCGAAAUAUCACUUACUCGAACCGUCCUGACCGCGUAGCUCAGGUGGCAUAGCAUUGGGCUAGUAUUCCAAAGGUUGUAGGUUCGAUUCCCACCAUGGCCGGGCAUAUUUUUCAAGCUUGCCCGGUGUGGAUAUGCACACAUCGCAAGUAUUACAUCGCGAGUAACAUCGCAAACAUUAUAUUCACCUGAGUACACAACACCAACGCAGAAAAAAAAAAGAAAAAUUGUCACAUUAUACUUUUUUUUUCUGACAAAAUCUGAUUGCAAAUUCACUCAAUUUGCAUUUUGCAAUAAAAUUUAUGAGGCAUUCUAGCAUUUCACUUAAAGGUGAUCUACAGUCCGUAUGUAAACAAAGCCUUUGUUUACAUUUUUUUGUCCAAAAUAUUGAGCUUUAUUCGACAACUAUUUAUAUUUUCAAGCUUGUAGAGUAUAAUAAAUGAUCAAGAAACAACAAUCAGGCUUUUCAAGAACUCAAAACAUAGUCAAACUGUUUGUAUCAUAAAAAGUGGGCUCAUUUGUGCACAUGCGCAGAUCGGACUGUAGAUCACCUUUAACGUUACGCCAGAAUGGCUAUACAUACUUGUCUCGUGACUUAUAUUAUAUCUUGUGACGUAUGUAGGUCCGAUCAAAUGUAGUGAUGUUGGUUUUUGUCCGACCAAAAUUAAAAGUGUCGGACAAAUGUCCUGUCAAAUAUUUAUUUGCAGCCCUGGGUUAUAUUUGGAAUAAGGUGAGCGUUAGUGCAUGUGGUGGGGCGUAAAAAAAAUACCUGUGGUUCCAGUUCCCGACCGACCCUAUUUUUUUCUGCCGACCCUAUUAUUUUUUCAACACGAUUGACCAUGCGACCCUAUUUUCUCCGUGCGGUUACGGGCUGCUGCCAAAAUGGCGUCUGUUGUCACACUAAUUAUUGAAAAAAACAUGCAAAAAAUAUUCAAAAAAAAAUUAGUUCCGACCUACCAACCCUAAUUUUUUCGUGAUAUGAAACCGGAACCACAGGUUUUGUUUUUUUACGCCUGGGCUUAUACACGGGGGCUUAUAUUCGGAGGGGGGCUUAAUUAUAUUCGGAGGCUUAUGGUAGUAGGCCAACAGGGUGGGUACUGGGUAGUGCAGUAAUUAACCCUGCUAACUAAAACUCCCAAGGGAAGUGAAAAAUUGUUUGAGUUACGGGGGGUUUCAAGUUAACAGGGUCGUGGUGUUGAUUUUGUUUAUUAUGUUCCCUAUUAUUUUUUCAACAACGUGCCAAAAUGGCGUCUGUUGUCACACUAAUUAUUGAACCAAAUUGCCUAAAUUCGUACAUAGGAAAUACACAUCUCUAGUUAAUAUUGAUGUUGUCGGGACUUUACUGCAAAUCGCCCAGCAAAAAACCGCCAAAACCAUGAAAAAAAAAUUUAAAAAAAAGUUUAUUUCCGACCUAUCGAGCCUAAUUUUUUCACGAUAUGAAACCAAAACCACAGGUAUUUUUAGUCUUUAUUGACGUUUAUUAAUAUAAUUAUAUACUCAGUCUGAUUAAAUUGUUGUUGUCUGAGUAGCAAUCCAAGCUUCCGACUUCUCAUUGUGCUACGUUCUCACAUUUUGAUGCGGGGGAGAUUGGAUUUAGUUUAGUUUGGGUUCUACUGUUGUUGUACCUGUAGUGAACUACUUUUUCUGUAUAUUAACCAAGUGUAUCCCUCAUAAUUGGCCUGUUUUUUUUUGUGUGGCAGAUUUGGAGAUUUUUUGCUGAGGCAUGUCGGCACAAAUUCUAAUUAAAUGUGGCUUGGUGAUUGCUUCAGCAAUUGCCAAGGCAAUUCCGCAACCACUGACUACACCCGGAGUUUCACAAAUUUGUGUACAUUUGUUCAGAAAUAAUUGGUUAUAUGUUGUGCAAAAAUCCUGUAAUCAAUCGGGUAUUGUGACAUUCCGCGCUAUUAAUGGUUUAGUAUUGAUCAGAUUGAAUACAAAAAUGCACUAUAAACCCGAUCGAUGAGGAACAAUUUUUGGUGGGAUGUUGAUAUUAUCAACACAGCAUGGGCCCAGGGACUGGGUACUUAAAUAACUAUAAAAUGUCGAUUUAAGGCAUCUUGUUGGCUGCAAACACAGUUUUGUAUAAAUUGUGUGUUUAGAGCUCUCAUUCUUUUACACAUCUGGAUAGAGAUUAGCUGAUUAAUUGGAAAAUAAUCAAGCCGGAAGCAGGGGGCGCCGGCCUCCCCUUUAUGAGGGAACCUGGAUGUCAGGGGUGGGAUUAGUGGGUUUUGAAAAAAGAACAUCAACGUGAAGGCUGACAUUGCGUAAUGAGAUGAGCAGCUAAACAAUUUAUUGUUUCCGGCCGCUUCAAUGGCUCCAGCUUGGAGAUUCGAUUACGUCGCUCAACCAACGAGACAUCUAAGAAACAUCAGCGGCCUCUUGUAAUUGCACAACAAUGUGCACAACUGCAUUUUGAAAGGUGUGACGUCAAACUCCGCUUUAUGUAGCUGUGUGUAAGCCAUUAUUUCGCAAAAUAUUGGGGGGGGGGGCGAAUUUAGGGUGCCACAAUAUGACCACCGUUUGUUGUUGGAAAUCUUACAUCCAGUUCUUUAAACUUUUCAUGCAAUAUUUAAUUUUAUCUAUGGCCUACCAUGCUUUCACAUAAUUGAAAUAUAAUUUUCACGGCUUUAUUACACAGUUUAGCCUGCGUGACAGGCCCUCAAUUUUAUGGGGGGCCUGAUCUGCAGCGGGCAGGAUUUUGGCGGGCCCCUGCCACGCAGGCUAUACACAGUUAUGCAUCUAUCAUGCACAGUUUCACAAAUGAAAUUCACAGUUUCACAAAUGAAAUUCACGGGGGAGGAUCCCCCUCCAUCCUCCCCUGGAGCCCGCCAAAAUCCUGCCCGCUGCAAAUCAGGCCUCCCGUAAAUUUGAGGGCCUGCCAUGCAGGCUGUGGUUAGCUUAAAUAAAAGUGCGAUCACUGUUCGUGAUUCGUUCUUUUAAAAUGAUUGUUCUGUAGUUGUGAAUUACAAUUCUAUUAUCUCAAUUCUUUUAGACAUUACCCAACAACAAAGUUCACAGCAGUGGCUGAUACUCCCGAACAAAGACGACUAAAUAAGCAGACAAAGACGCAAAGUCAGGUAAGACCUAACAAAAUGCAUGGUACACUAUUAAUAUUUAUUAUAUACAUGAUAAAAUUACUGCAAUCUGAUCAGUUAAGAGGAGUGCAAUUAUUUCAUUAAUUAUUUAUCUUCUGUAAUCAGUGGCAAAUACUGCAAUUUCAUUGGUUUACAGGAGUGCGAUUUGAGCAUUAAUCGCACCUUUUCUGAGCUGUAAUCGCACUCUUGUCUACAGCCAAUGAAAAACAGUCUAGUAUUUACAACUAGCCAAUCAGCAUCCAGGAUACAAACUUUGAAUUUUAUUCUCUUUAUUGCUGUAAAAAAUUCCAAAAUGGAGGAAUUCACAAAUUUUGACCUUUUAAUUUUUAAAUCAGCCCUCGAAAACCGUCAAAAUUGAGGUCGGAAAAAAAAUGCCGACCUAAACCUGACCUAGCUCGGUACAUCUCGGCAUUUUUAAAAAUCUGUUUCCAUGUCUUGGAGCACUAGUAGCCUGCACUAGUAAUCACGUAUUUACGAAUCAUUGAAAAGUAUAAAUGUCACGAAGCCUUUUCUAUUAGAGUUUUACCUAAAUUAUAUCAUAAAUAUACACGUUAAUUCUUAAACCUUACACCAAAGUGCAUCGAAUUCUAUAAUCGCUGACUUUUUAACAGCUAUAAGCACCAAAAAAGAUUAUUAAAGUGAAUUAAGGUCGGCAAAACAUUGCCGACAUGGGAGGUUGAUAGGUCGGCAUUUACUGUAGGUAUCUGCCGAAUGCAGAUCUCGUUUUCGAGGGUUGUUAAAUUAUAUAUUUUCUGACGAAAAUGACCUACCUGUUCAUCCAGCAGAAGACACCGAACUAAACACAACCAGGAGUUAUAUUUCAUGAUCAAUCCAAUUCAGAUGAUUAAUUGGACUAAAGAACUUCACUAUUUUGAACACGUUAUAAACAUACAAACAUGGCUUCCCAAUUGUGUUUUGAAUAAUUCAAACAAAUGUUGUCAUGUGAUUAUACCGGAAAUAAUGCCCGGAAGUUAAUAAUAUGUUAAUUUAUUAUAUAUGAUAAACAAUAAUUCAAAAUUGUACUAUUUCACCUCUGCUAUUUCACUAAGAAUUGUCGUGACAAAAAUUUAAUAAUUAUAUUGAACUUCAACAAAUUGUAUUUUUCUGCUUUUCCCCCUUAAACAGUUUGAUUACAGAAGAUAAAUAAUUAAUAAGUAAUAGAACGAAUUAAAGUCGUACUAUUAAUGCCAUAAUCAUACUCGUGAUUAACAAAUCAACCUCCCGCUACGCGGUCGGUUGAUUUUGUAAUCACUCGUAUGAUUAUGGCAUUAAUAGCACUCCUAUUCGUUCUAUUACCAUCAUUAAUUGCACUCUCAAGGAGUGCAAUUAAUGAUUUUCGUGAUGGCUGGGGGGAGCGGGAAAUCAAAAGACAAAACAACAAUAAUCCAAUAUGGCGGCGAAAUUUAAAUAAGUAUAAAUAACAAAUUUGGACGAAUUUAAAUAAAUUUUGGCACACGAAUGAGUUUAAAAAACAUGGUAUGGCAAAAAGAGCCUAUGGAAAAGUCCUGGAAACAGUUUUAAGAAAUAAUCGCGGCGGGAUGCAGCGAAACGUGACUAUGACCCGGUAUGUAAGUCUGUAAUACAAUUUAUAAAGAUUAUCUUACUCUAAAAUAUGUUGUUUGAGUUUGAAUCAUGUGUUCUAGUUUAAGUUAUGUACCUUUAUGAGUUUAUGAUCAUUUCCCAAGUUUGUUUAUACCAAAUUAUCAAUUGCACUCCUUCCUAUGAGAUUACCUAUACUUAUUCUAAUGGCUGCCACGCGAAAUAUUUAAGAAAUAGAAAACAUUUUCCCCAUGUUUGUAUACAGUUAUAUAAUCGCACGAUUAAGCCCUCAAAAAUCGUCAAAAAUAGGUACGCAAUGCGUACAUGUUGCAUGCCUUCUGAAACUUAUGAUGAGAUAUAGCGCUUACAACCUUUGGUACAACUGGCGUGAAUCUUAAAGGUGAUCUACAGUCCGUAUGUAAACAAAGCCUUUGUUUACAUUUUUGUGUCCAAAAUAUCGAGCUUUAUUCGACAACUAUUUAUAUUUUCAAGCUUCUAGAGUAUAAUAAAUGAUCAAGAAACAACAAUCAGGCUUUUCAAGAACUCAAAACAUAGUUAAACUGUUUGUUUCGUAAAAAGUGGGCUCAUUUGUGCACAUGCGCAGAUCGGACUGUCGAUCACCUUUAAAAUAUUGAAUCAACAAGUUUACAGUCAAUUUCAGCUGACUUUUCAUCGUAAGAUUCCGAACUUCGCAAAUAUAUUCGUUGCCAAGUUCAAAAGUUCAUAAUGAAAUUCACAAACAGGUUUGUAAACUGGGCAUUUCAUUGGCUGGUUUGAUUUAAUAGCCAAUCAGAGGCUUUGUUUACAAACUUGUUUGUGAAUUUCAUUAUGAAUUUUUGAACUUCGCAACGAAUUUGCGAAGUUCGGAACGAAGUUCGGAAUCUUACGAUGAAAAGUCAGCUGAAAUUGACUGUAAUAAUAUUGAAAAAUAGCUGUUAUGUUAUUUAUUGAAAAAAUAGCUUUUAUGUCAAAAUAAGAAACUUAAAGGUGAUCUACAGUCCGAUCUGCGCAUGUGCACAAAUGAGCCCACUUUUUAUGAUACAAACAGUUUAACUAUGUUUUGAGUUCUUGAAAAGCCUGAUUGUUGUUUCUUGAUCAUUUAUUAUACUCUAGAAGCUUGAAAAUAUAAAUAGUUGUCGAAUAAAGCUCAAUAUUUUGGACACAAAAAUGUAAACAAAGGCUUUGUUAUAGAUCACCUUUAAGAUUCUCACACGAUAGGCAAUGUUUUUAUGAGCGACCGUUCAUCGUUAGUUGCAAGCGACGGUAAUAACAAGGUCAAGGUCGGUCAAGGUUUUAUCGAAAGCGAUUGACUGCUAGAUUUCCUUAACAAAUUUAUAACUAAAUAACGUUAUUUCCUAUAGAUUUAGCUUUAUUGUAACUUUGAAAGGUAUAAAAAACCGUGGAAACGGUGAAUUACUAUAAUAGAUUGAAAAUGGUUAUUAAUUAAACUAUGAUUGAAAUUGUCGAAGUAGAAAAAGCAUAAAGGUACUAGUCAGCUAAUAUGACCUGUAUCUUUGUUUGAGUGAUUGAAAUGAGUUAAUUUACACUAUAUCGAAUGUCAUGCUGAAUGUCAUGUUGAACCUUAUGCGUACUUCACAAUGGUUGCUAUUUCGUUGUUUUAAAUUUCAAUACUAUUUAUAAUUCAAAUUUUGUUUGAUAUUUAUAUUUAAAAUUAUACAAAAUGUGCUGUAGUUUUGAAGCUUCGCACAGAAUAUAAUCAGUGCGAGCACAAUGGCUCCGUUUCAGUUUGAGUAUAUAAAAAUCGAGUGUUUUGAUAGCGUGGGCUUUGAGGCUUUCACGAUAUAUAAAUAUAAACGCCUGAUAAUUGAUAAAUAAUCAGUGCGAGUACAACGGCUCCAAAAUCACAACAAACAACAGAAUAUAAGGUAAGUUAAAAAUAGUAAAGCUUUACCUACCUCGAUUUAUUUUUCUAAGGCGCUCAAUUAUGUGAAUUUUCGGCAAAUAAUCAAUAUUUCUUUGCGUUUCCUCGACGAAAACCCGGCACAAAAAUGCUCAUCGGAAAAACUCGGUAUUAGUCGUCUUUUAACGAAUCUGCCACGUGACUGGUACGCUCAUCACCGCUCACCGCCGCUCAUGCACCGCGACACGAAAUUUAGAGCUAUAUGAAAGUUGCAUGCCAUAUAUGGCAUGCAACAAAAAUGAGGUCGGCAAAAAAAUGCCGACCUAAAUCUGACCUAGGUCGGCACACGUCUCGGCAUUUUUUAAAAUCUGUUUCCAUGUCUUGGAGCACUAGUAAUCACGUAUUUGCGAAUCAUUGAAAUCGGAAUAUAAAUCACGCCUUUUUCCGUGGAAACGCAAACUACAGUAACACGACGGCUUUCCUUUUGGAGUCUUACCUUUUGGAGUCUUACCUAAAUAAUAGCAUAGUUGCCCGGGUUUCUUUUGUUUCAACAGGGACGUUUAAUCACGUAUCGCCCGCUGUAGCGGGCGAUUAGUUCUAAUCGCCCGCUAGAGCGGGCGAUUAGAACUAAUCGCCCGUUACCAAGGGUCACACCUUUGUCUCCCUGACGACUACGCAUUAGGCAAGUGCCUCACGCACAUAAUCGUGCAAGGAACAGCAACAGUUAGCUCAGAGCGGGACCGGCUAAACGGAGAGUUAUGAAGUGGAGAGUUAUCUCGGAGAGUUAUGAUUUCGGAGAGUUAUGUUCGAACCACGCCCACUUUUCCCAACGACCACACCCAAUUUCUUAACUCUCCCGAUGUUUCCUUGAACUAACAUGAGAGAGUUAUGUUUGACGUAACUCUCUCUCUCUCGUUAACAUUAUGAUUAGAGAGUUAUCAUUUUUUAUAACUCACUGCGUUCACGAUUGUGGCAAUGAAGAGAGUUAUGUCAGUUUUUUGAAAAAAACUUCCACAUUUUAGUAAAUUAUUGUGAAUUUACUUUUUUCUCAAGUAUCAGUUUUAAUAUUCCACGCUAGUAGAAACCAGUAGUACUUUAGUACUUACCAAGUGAAGCGAGUACGAGUAAAUAAAUUAUUAUACAUGCUCACUUGGAUUACCUACAAAGCCCAACAUUCAGAUACAGCUCUCGUAUUAGAUAGAACCAGAAAACCUUUCCAAUGUAAUGCCCUAUUUUGGCUGAUAUGGGAAAAUAUUGCAAAACCUGAAUUUCUGAAAGAUUCAAUUUUCGCAAUUUUUUCAAUUUUCUUGCAACUAUGCUUACCGUAUUUACUGCCAAAUAUACGUCAAAACAUGCUUCUGGGGGUACUUUGACCUUUCUGCGGCAAGCAUCUCAUUGUUUUGACCGAGUCAAGUUGUACUAUUUCCUGUUUGGACGCACGCUAUUGACGGCGCUACAAACUGAAAUACUAAAAUAUAAGAUGAAAAUCUGAAGAAAUAAGCUUUACUAUUUAAAGGUUUUCUCAAAAAACUGACAUAACUCUCUUCAUUGCCACAAUCGUGAACGCGGAGAGUUAUAAAAAAUGAUAACUCUCUAACAUUUUCAUAAUGUUAACGAGAGAGAGUUACGUCAAACAUAACUCUCUCAUGUUACUUCAAGGAAACGUCGGGAGAGUUACGAAAUUGGGUGUGGUCAUUGGGGAAAGUGGGCGUGGUUCGAACAUAACUCUCCGAAAUCAUAACUCUCCAAGAUAACUCUCCGGUUGGUAACUCUCCCUUUAGUCAUACCCGCUCAGAGCCGUCAAUAGUCUAUCAUCCGAUCCCUGAGUUGCCGCAUCAUUUAAAUUACGCACGUGCAGUCUCCAAAUUUAUACUAAUAUAUUUAGCGUGUUUGUUGUGGUACGUUAAAUGAUAGAUUGCGCAUGCGUAACCGAUUAAAGCGUAAAAAGUGCGCAUGUGCAACAAGCUUUUACAUCCAACAAGCAAUGAAGCAAAUGUUUUAGCUUAAAUACGCUGAUUCCAAGUAGGGCAUGUUUGUCCAUUUUUAAAUGGGAGCGAAACUAUGCUAUUACAAACUAAUAGCAUGGCUUUUCGGGAGAUUAGUGAUUAAAUGACCCCUUACCCUCGGCAGGUUUGCGGAAUUCCCUCGGGCUUCGCCCUCGGGAAUUCCGCAAACCUGCCUCGGGUUACGGGGCCAUUUAAUCACUAAUCUCCCUCAAGCCAUGCUAUUACUUAUAAUUAUAUAUAUAAUUAUAUAGACAAAGUGGAUUAGUUAAUCGAACUACGAAUCGAAUUCUGUAAUCGCUGACUUUUUAAUUAACAGCAAUCAGCACCAAAAAUUCUUGGGACCUGGGAGGUCGAUAGGUCGGCAUUUAGGUCGGCAUUGCCGAAUGCCGACUUCGAGGGCUGCGGGGGCGGGCCGAUUCAGUUUCAAAUUGGGAAAACGAGAAAUAGUCAGUGGGAAAGCGUGCCCGAAGGGCGUGUUUACAAAUGUUGAUAUAUAAUUUACAAAUUCUCAGUACCUUUGCUCGUCAAUUUGACUAUAAACAAGACGCCUGCUCAGGCGUUGACACUGACCUGAAACUGGCGACAUAUGUGCUAUGGUGCAAUAGACAAGGAAUACAAAUAGUGAACCGCAAACGCAUGAAAGGCUGAAAGCGUGGCGUGAUCCUGAGGAGAUGUUUUCGUAAUGUCCAAUGAAACACAAGUAUUACUCACAAAUACAAACGUUAUCCACAAAUGCACAUGGUCUCUGACUCUGAACAUGUGAUGCGCUAACGCAGAGUCUGUAAUGUAUAAAAUUCGAAAAACUCGGCGAUCCAGAUAUCGCAUUUGGCAGAAAAAAACACCAAGUCAACUUCCAAGAAUGUGCAGAGUAGGACAAAUCCAAAAUGCACAGAAAAACGCGGUAAAAUCCGUUGACAAAUUAAAAAAUUGUUUGAGACUGAAAUAGUCACUCAUUGAGUGGCCGCCGUCUUAAAACUGAUCUGUAUAGUAAACUGGAACGACUGGAACACUUGAAACUGAGCCUGCGAUGCGCUAACGCAAACUUGAUUUCUCGAUGACGAAAAAAACCCAGGAAAAACAGAUAAUUACGGAUUUAAGACACUUGACCUUUCUGGUCAGUGUAAAUAGUCAAGUUCUUCUCUUGCUAUUUAAACUGAGAAUUCUCUGUUUGUCUCGUUAACGAAUAUUAUCAUCAGGGGUGGAAAAAGUAUCGGAACCUGGGAACCUAGUUCCCAGAAAUUUUUUUUGAGUUGAGAGUUUUGCAGAAAAUUUUCCAGAAAAUAUUUCAACAUUUUGAGAUAACCCUGUUUACUCAACUUACAAGUUACAACUAUUCUACUUUAUUUACACUGUACACGCUAACAUUAGCAGCUUUUAAAUAUUUGACAGAAAUUAAUUCUUUUACCCACCCCUGUCAUCACAAUGACUGGUAAAAUGAUAAAUAUAUGCUCUGCAAAGUCUCCAAUAAAAUGCAAAUUAAAUAGUAAACAAAUAAAAGUGAUGGAAUAAAUAUGAUGAUAGGACACUUAGUUAAGCAUUAGAUCCUUACUAUGAUGUUUGUGAUGUUAUUCUGAGUGUGUAUCCACACCGGGCAAGCUUGAAAAAUAUGCCUGGCCACGGUGGGAAUCGAACCUAUGACCUUUGGAAUACUAGCCCAAUGCUCUGCCAGCUGAGCUACGCGGUCAGGUCGGUUCGAAUAUGUGAUAUUUCAGAACUGAGUUUAGUUCCUUCGACAUCAAUGUAAUCUAGUAUUCCAAAGGUCGUAUAAGUUUGAUUCCCACCAUAUCCAGGCAUAUUUUUCAAGUUUGCCUGGUGUGGAUAUACACACAGAGUAACAUCACAAACAUCAUAUUCACCUUAUUACAUAACACGAACACAGAAAAAAUCAAGAUCCUUACUAGUUGGUCAUAACUCAUAACUGUGGUAUAUAACAGACAACUAUUGUGAUGUACAAGCGUACGAAAACCAGCCCAAAGCCCAUUAUUACUAAAAUACAAAUAAUACAAUAAUGAUGCAUUUGUUUUGUUAUUUUUGUAAUUGUGACAUUACAAAGUUUACAGAAAAUCUCUUGCCUUUGACCCAGGUUCCCAGAAAGAAAAAACAUUUUUCCACCCCUGAUUAUCAUAAAUUUUAAAUGAAAACAGCGUGAAGGACAUUUCCGUUGUUUGAUAUAGGUAAUACUGUAGCGUGGUUUCGAGUGCAAUUUGGAUAUAACAUGCACGAGUGAGUUUUUCAAAGACCUCAAAAUACCACGAGUCCGAAGGACGAGUGCUAUUUGAGGUCUUUGAAAAACUCACGAGUACAUGUUAAUCCAAAUUUCAUGAGAAACCGUGCUAUUACUUAUUAAUAUUAUAUUAUACAUAAAAACUACAAUUGUAGUUUUAACUUACGCGUUUAUGGCGAACAUUCCACUGGCAAAGUUUUCCUGGCUUUGUUAUAUCACAUUGUUAUAUAGCUAGCGUGAACACCAAACGUGAUUGGCUGAUUUGUGGUCACGUGACUUCAGAUAAAUGCAAUGUUUCCCGCCGGGCAACAAGUGAAACAUUGUUGCCCGCCCCGACCGGCCACGUACAUAAAUAAACAAAAUGGAGGCACAACUCAGAUAAUUAGAAACUACGAUUUUCCAAGUUUGUGUUCAAAUAAAGAAUAUAAAAGAGAAGAAAAAUACACAACAGGCAACAGGAUAUGCUGCUGAAACCGUUUAAGUAGGUUCUUUUAAUUUUAAACUCGUUUACACUAUAGAGUUUUUGUCACGAAAUACAAUUGUUGUAUGAAUGUUGUUGAAGUUGAUUUUUGUUCGUCGCUAUAUAACAAAACACUUAAUGCCUGUUCCCUCAGCAAAUAGUUAGUUUUGUUUUCCCUCGAAUCUUAAUGUUUCCCUCGACUUCGUCUCGGGAAACAUUGAGAUUCUCGGGAAAACAAAACUAACUAUUUCCCUCGGGAGCAGACAUUAAGUGUAUAUUAUACAACGCAGUCAACACUAGAAGCUUGAAAAUUCCACUCAACUAUGUAAAUUUUGUGAGUCUUGUUUAAGGUAAAGGCUUUUCCAUUUAAAAAAAGAUAAAAGCCAUAUUUUCCAACCGAAGCCAACUUACUUUAUGUAGCGCGGCGCUGUGUUUAUUUUGUUUUGAAGCAAUCUGUGGCCGUUACUUCUUUAAACUAAACUGCUUUAAACUGAUUGGCUGAUUUUAUCAUCACAUCGUUUUUCCACCAAUCAGAUCAGUUUGUUACAGAUUUUUGCACUGUGAUUACAGAAAAUUGCACUGUGAUUACAGAAAAAUUGCACUGUGAUUACAGAAAAUUGCACUGCUGUUUGGGAUUAACUGCACUGAAAUGAACCAAUCACAGUCGAGUAAAAUUUUUAUGUAUAUUACAUAUGUAACAAUUGACUAUGAAGAAAACUUAAGUUUUCUUUCUUUUAUGUUUUCUUAAAGUCUUUCUCUGUAAUCCCCAUUUCCCCAUUCAGUGUUGUUUAGCUGUUAUGUCUAUAUGCUGCCAAAUGCAUAAUUUUACUUCUGCAUCAUUGAUAUGAGGAAGAGAGGGGUUAAAAUAUGGCGUGUCGAUUAUUCGCCAGACGCGCGAAAAUAGUCCAGUUAUGGAAAGUUUCCUCAAGUCAUUUUGCACCCGAUUGUAACUUUGAACAGUUGGCUGCAGAAAUACUGGACGAGAACGAGGAACAUUCAUAUCUCAUCUACUCGUUCAGAAGUAGCAUCAGAAGAUCGCACUGGAGAAAUUUAUUUCAAGUGCAAACUCGCCUUCAUGUGUUAUUCUAUGUGCAUUAUUUUUGGAAUGCUUACCUCCUUCCUUUGUAUUCUAUACGUUUUCAGCAUGUAAUAAAACAUAUUUUUCUUCUUCUAACCUUAGGUGGAGUAUCAUAAGAAAUUUGAAGAAGAAAAAGGUCAUUACACAGCUGUAGCUGAUGAUCCUGAGACAGAACGUGCAAAACGAGCUAUGCAACAGCAAAGUGGUGCGGCGUAUACCAGGCAACGUGGUAAGCAAAUCCUUUCAGUUCAUUUCAUUUCAUUUCAUUUCAUGCACAUGUGAUUAUUGCAACUUUUGACUUCAAUGGACGUGCUCCAAUUCUCGGUAAGAAACAAAAGAGCCCUUCUCGUACUGCCAUCUAUGAUCAUGCGUCGUCAAGAAACUGUAUAUUCAUGAUGGUUUGCAAGAAUCACUGCUUGCUUUCAGUGGCGGACAUUUCGCGAAAUAUACAGUGGGUGCCAAAAGUACGAGUCCAGUCCCAAAUUUUGCCAAUAAAUCGAGAAAAGUAUAUCUUCCAGAAAAAUAUUCUGUCAUUUGCUACUUGAACAUGCGCAUUGAGAUAUGCCGACGUUUAUUACACGAGGCAUAUUGGGGUAAAUAUUAUCACCAUGCACUCCUUUUGCACAAACUUCGUGAACAAAAUCAAGUUUCACGCCGAUUAAAUCACAUUGCUUAGCAAGUGAUGCUGUGCCUUUAAGGCCCGUUAUUUUUGCUACAAUUUGCUUCUUUUGAUGGAUGUGAACGAGUGGAUAAGUUUAGAUGAGGGUACAUAUGCUCAAUUGCUCAUAGUAUUCAUAAGUUAUCUACUCGAUCACAACUGGCUAAAAAUCGCAGCACUGGCCUUUAGACUUGUACAUAAAAUGAAUGUUAUCGAAUGCCUUUGUUUAAAAUCUUAUUCUGGGCUUUAGUCUUCAUUAGCAAUAAUUUGUCACAACCUGCUUUAAAAGACGUGUGCAAUGAUUAGGAAGAAUAUUUUUUCGAGAUCCUGCUCGUAGGAUAACAGGGUUCGUAGCGGUCUUUGAAAUCCUUGAAAGUCUUUGAAUUUGAAUGCAUGUCUUUAAGGUCUUUGAAAAGUCUUUGAAUUGUGUGAAAAAGCGAAGGAAGUCUUUAAAAGUCUUUAAAAUUAAUUAUUUAGUGAGUAUUUGAUUAUACGAUUUCCUAUAGCUGAUAAAAUAGAUUGAUUGAAGAGCAAGGUUUUCGCAAAUAUCGACGAAAAGGUACAUUUUACGAUGUGAUGUGGCGGGACUAAUCCUGGGCAAAAAUGGUGCUUACGCUCGCAAGUUUUCGACAGCUGAUUGCUCUCAAAGGUCUUUGAAAAGUCUUUGAAAAUAGGCAGAAAAAAUCUUUGAAAGUCUUUGAAUAUUUUUGGUCUUGGAGACUACGAACCCUGGAUAAUAAAGUGUGUAAUUUGUAGUAAGACUUCGGAUUGACAGGGAUGCAACAACCUGAAAAAUACAAGGACAACUUCAACGUUUCAAGCGAAGGCCCUUCGUCCAGGGUUCGUACAAAACUUGAAAGUCCUUGUCUCCUUGAAUCUGAAAACAAAAAUUUAAGACCUUGAAUGUCCUUGAAUUUGUAAAGAAGUACUUGACAGUCCUUAAAUUCUUCUUGAUUUAGUUUCUGGAUAUUUUGCUUGACAUUCAAAAACAGACAUUUUGUUGAAUUGAUUUUGCAUGUUCAUAUCGGACAAAGCUGCAUGUUUGAAAUUAAUUGAAGUUGCGUUUUGAACAAUUCAAUGUCACUUUUUACUGAUUUCUAACGGGAUGAAGCCCUUUUGUAGUCCUUGGCUUUUCUGGUAUAUGUCCUUGAAUGCUCUUGAAAACUCCUUGAAUGCUCUUGAAUAGUCCUUGAAUUUGACUCUUCCUCACAUGUACUAACCCUGUUCGUCGGGAAGUUAGUAUAGUAGAACGGCCUUCGCUCGAAACUUCGAAGUUCUCCUUGUAUUUUUGAGGUAGUUGCAUCCCAAUGAAUCCGAAACUUUCUUAUUAUUGGCACUACCUAGACUGGCACAGACCGUUGUAAUGUGUAUAAUGUAAGCAUUUUUUAAUUUAGAUGAUGAUGGUGGGAACAGACCACCACCACUGCGUCAUGAUGCACCAGAGAGGAGUUAUACAGCACCUGAACCAGCGGUUACUCAUCAUGUUCCACCUCCCGAACCUGCUCCAGCACCUGCUGCACCUGCACCACCCCUUCAGGUACGUAUACGUGGCAAUUUGCCAUUCCAAAGUCCGAAAUUCCUGAAUGUAUACCUUUAGCCGUUCCCUUAUAGAAAACGCUUUUCCCGUAUUUCCUCCUAUUAUUUUCGCAGACAAUUUUCCAGCCAUUUUCGUAGACUCACGCUGUUCUUGACAUUUCACAGUGGUGUUACAUUUCAUAGUAAAUUUUCGCAUUUUUGUCAAAGCUAAGUAUUUAUACUGUAUUUUUCCAAGUAAGGUCACUUACUAAAUUCAAGCAGCUCUUUGCAGUGGCUGAGUUUAUUCCUCAUUGUGUUACCUUUUAACGCUCAGUCUCCUCGUCAACUUCGGAAUGGCUAAUUUAACAAAUAGCUUCUAGGAAAUUAACACUUUAUUACCAUGACUUAAAGAGUCAUUGUGAACCACAAUGCAUUGUGCGCCCAAACCUGCUUGGCGGCCAUUUUAAUGGCGGAAUAAUAUAUGUUUCGGUUUUCAAUCCAUAAUAUAUUACUACCAUCCUGUUGUUAUACUUGCUUAUUUUAACUUUUUUAUACUAAAAUUGCACCAAAGAAAUGUUUAUAAUCGUCAUUUGUUGCUAUUUGUCACCUCCGAAGGUAUUAGAUGUAAACAGAUCCAUUGUGGUUGACAAUGACUCUUUAAAUAAACGCGAUAUUAAAUUAACGGGAAUUGCUUAUUGGUCUUUUAAAAAUGAAUUAAAGUAACGUGAAUCGGACUUUAUUUGUUCUGCCUUUAAUUGUUAUUGUAAAAUUAAUUUUUAAAAAUUCGCACGCGUGUUUGGCGAAAUAUUUAUAAUACCGUGAGGGUCGUACCGCAGAGUCGACUUUAUGAUGAAAAUAAUUCCGUAAAAUUUCUGCUGAAGUUAGAGUUCCAUAAUUUUCUGGUUUUCCAGUCGUGAGGGACGCAUAGACGGAUUUUGGGUGUGUGGUGCUACCCCACCCCCAAUAUUAGCUAUAACCCCGAAGCAAAAUGUCCACCCCAACAAAAAAAUUUUCAACCCCCCAAUAUUCGGCAUAAUAAAAAAUAAUUAAAUAGUCCACUCCAACCGUCCAACGCCCAGAGUGUUGAUGAUACAAAAUAAACGUAGGAGUAUGUACACUCAAAUAGAAAAAGACAAUACUCUGAAACUAAUCGCUCCUCGCUUGCAUUCACUGGUUUAUUGGAGCAAUUGUAAAGUCUUGAAACUCUAUUAUCUCUGCAGUGCCCAUGCAAAUACAGUAGCUUGCUUGCAAGGAACGUUUGGAAUUUUUACGAACAUUAUUUUUAGUUUUUAAUUCUUUUAGGAAAUAGACUUGCCUAGAUUUAAUCUUUACGCCCCAAAUAUUAUUUACAUCAGAGUUGCAUCAUAAAUUGUACUCGGAUUUAUAAAAAUAAAAUCAUAUUGUUAAUUGGCCUAUUGGGUUUACACAUUUACAGGUUCAUUUAACUUUAACUCUCUCAAGUCUCAACAGACAAUCGGACAUGCCAAAUCCAUUGAUAUGACAACUUCAAAAAAACUUUUUCGAAGCUAGAAAUCAUGAUUUUUUCAAAUUUUUCCUGGGAUACUUUGUUUUCUGCUCUCUGUACUCCCCCCUCGCGGCUCUAUAGUGCUCCACCCCUAGAAUGUAGACCUUACUGGGGUUUGGUGACACUUUGUGUUGCUUCAGUCACCUCAUGCUCACGGCUCACCCCCCUAAAAAUUCCACCCCAGUAAAAAAUAUGAAAAUCCGUCUAUGGAGGGAUGGUUGUUCACCCUUCCUGAAAGUACGUCACCUUGGCUAUAGAUCCUCGUUUUCCGAUAUCUGACAUUGGUUGAAGUCACAUGCCGGGUUAAAAUUCAACCCCUUGUUUUCAUUUCUGCAUGACUGCAUGUUCAUUUCAAAACCUUAUUAUAGUUAUAGAAAAAUAACUUAAUUUAUAUUGAUCCACACAAGAUUUCUGAAAAACAAUUUCCAAACUUACAGUAUAAGAAAUCUAUUACUAUAGGACUCAGUGUGUACUUAGCGCUUGCCCGGGGCAAGUAAAAAAUUAUUACGGCCAAGUAGAAGGUGCUUCUUGCAUGUUGCCCGAUCGGGCAAGUUGUUUCCCGAAAAAAAUCAAUACCCAUAUACUAAAUGGUUUGCUUGUAUGUUAUUGAUUCUUUAUUAAUAAAACACGUCAUGUUUAAAUCUUAAAUUGGAUAUAAAAUGGCAGUGGUGAUUAAUCAUUUGCAAUGUGAAGGCAGCACUUGACCAGAUGGCAAGUGAAUCUUUAUUCCGGCCAACCAAUUUUCAAACUUGCCGUGAUGACAAGUGGUCAAAAUAGUUCAGUUACACCACUGUCGUUUGUGGGACGUUCUGUUUGAUGUUUUUAGUUAACCCAGGAUUGACUACUGUAAUCGCGCCUUUUGAAUUGACAACCGGUCCAGUAUUUUUUGAACUCGUUUUGCCUGCGUGGAAUGGCAGAAAGACUGUUUGUCUUUGAACGGCAGUUACUUAAUCGUCUGAGGCCUUUUCCAUGUAUAAAACUAAUAGUUAACUACUCUUUAACCAUCCGUUUCGUAGUUAAAAAAUUGUUAACUAUAACUACAGUCAAGUCGGUUAGCGUAAUGUAAACGCUAUUGCUUUGGUUUUUUGGCAAAAACAUGCAGAGUAUACUUUUGCACAGGAAGAUUUCUCGAGAAAGUAGGACCCAUUAAACGAACAAACACUGUUAUAUAAGUUGCCAAACAGCUACGCUUUCUUUUAACUAAGACAUCUCGCGGAAAAGGUGCCUUCUUGUUUGACGUUUAUACCUUGAUUUCGUGUCUAUUUUUUAAUAUUAUGAAUCGAACUCCCAACUCGUUACAAAAUGCUAGUCCACAAUCAUGUUCAAAAUGCUUAUCAACGGUCGGUAAUCAUUGUUUACUUUAUGUAAUGUUGUGUUUGAGCACGGGAACCCCACGCUCAGUUAACUACGUGAUUAGUUAACUAUCCGCAGGGCUUAAGAAAUAGGCGUACGGAUGUGCGAUUAUUGUACGCUGAAAUUAGUUUGGCGUACGCCGAGAAUUUCAGGCAAGUAUGAUCGCGCACACUUCCUACAGCAGAGCUGAAUCGUUACCCCUUUCUUUUUGCCUUAAAAUCCUUCAGACAAUGAACAAACAUUCGCCUCUAACUUAGAGGCGAAUUUUUGUUCUAACCCUGAUCCUGAAAUAUCAUGCAUAUAUAUUUAUAACUAUUAAACAUGAAACAUUGAUCUGGAAACAUCGAGUUUACUGCUCGAAUCCCUGACCGCCAUCUUUGUUUACGUCGUUCAAAUCCAGCAUUUCAAACGCAUUUCUAUACGGGAAUUUUAUACGAAAACUAGUAAUAUAUACAAAAUCGUAAACAUCAACAUCGAUUAAACGUACGUCAACUUAGGCCCCAGUUACACGAUCCGUAUCGGAGCGACAUAAAAUUUUACUGCUUCGAGGUGAAUUUGGCACUUAAAAUUAUUAUAGUAUAACAUAAUUGGACAAAAACUUCAAAUAUGAAAAGUUGUAAGAGCAGACAAGACUGGACCUCGUACGGCAUUUCUGAUUUAUUUUUUAAGCCCUGGUCCGACUAACUACAUGGUUUAUAGUUUACUAAUUACAGUUAAGAAUUUCACUGAAGUGGUUAACACGAACUGUAGGUAACUUUAACUACGUUCUUACACAAUCCAGAAUCCAUGUCUUCUGGAUUGUCUAUGGUCCAACCAUGUUAAUGUGAAUAUUAUUUUGAUAUUUUCAGCCUCGUUACCGCGCAUUGUAUGAUUACAACGCUGCAGACGAAGAUGAGAUCAGUAUAAAUGAAGGUGACAUCAUUAUUGAUGCGAAUAUCAUUGAUUCAGGAUGGAUGGAGGGCAGGAACCAGAGAACGGGACAGUUUGGUAUGCUUCCCUCAAACUAUGUGGAGGAAAUUUAAUUGACUUUGACUUUACGUUGAUCGUGAUUUAUAGUUUUAUGCAAUGUGGUCACGUAUUUGAUCAUAAUUACACAUGUAGGUGUUGUAGAGUUAGGUAGAUUUUAAAUAUCUACUGUAGUGUGAAUUUUUAACAAGUGAUUUGGAUUUUGCUCAUAAACUUUCAUUAUAUACAGCUAUUUUUCUCGUAUUCUUAUAGAUUUAACAGAUUUAUGUCAUUUCAGGCCGACUCUACAACAAGAAAUAAAAUAAUUAAAAUACAGUAUACAUUCA